UGAAACAUUUUUGGCACCUGGCUAUUAGCUACUUCCUAUUCUUAUGGCAUGACACCUGCCUAAUACGUUUAUUACAGGAAACAAACAGAAUCAGCUAGGUGUCACUUACCGAGACACAUUAUCAAACUCAACUACACAACGUGUCUUCAUGACACCUACCAUCUCCAAAACCGAUUACUAAAACAAACCCAUUUCUACUUUGGUUACUACAUUCUCAAGAAAUUAUUGUAGACGCAAAUGGCCGGAGAAAAUGACUGGAGGAAAACGGCGGAUACGACGAAGAUGAGUUCGGAGGGAGUGAAAGCCGCCGGGGUUGAAUCAUCGAAGAGCCCCCCGGGGAGUAAUCCUGGUGGUGUUCUCCACCAACGCCGUAACUUGCCGUACAGUUACACCACCAUGGCUAUAGCUGGAUUAGCUAUCUCAGGUGCUAUCAUGUACACUGUUAUGUAUGUUAAGAAGAAGCCGGAAGCUAGUGCCACUGAUGUAGCUAAAGCGGCCACAGGGACGGCUAAACCGGAAGAUACCCAUCCAAGAAAGUAAAAGCCUCUAAGAAUCUUAUUUUGUUUACCUUUGUAUUUGUGUUCUAGCUUCUGGUAAUGUUCUUGUCCGAACUUUUAUAUUUUUGUGUAAUCUAAUGACAUAACGAGUUCAACACAAA